GGAUAUAGCCUUAUAGGUCUAAAGUAAAAGAAAAUCAUGGUGUUAAACAGUGAGAAUGAGUAUUGGAGAUAAUUGUUAUAAAAUAACUUAUGCAAGAAGAUUGUGCUAAAUAUUGAUGUAUAAGACAGAUUUAAGGUGCAUCAUACAUGCAUACGUUACAUAACAAAACAAUUAUAAUUUUUUUUUUCAGUGGGGAUUUGGCAUUAUCAAGAAAUUUUGCAAGUCGGAAGAAUUUCAGUUCUUUCAAUGAUCAGAUGAUCAGAAGGCACACCAGAAAAGUAUUUCCAGCUGCUGUUUCGUCAUUUCUUGCCCUUGCCUUCUUCAGUAAAGCACCCUUAGUAGAUUGUCCUCAUCAGCAGCCAGUGGACCCUGGGGCUACAAAACAUAACAGUAGCAAGAUGUCAGCCAAACUACAGAGGGCUAAGCGAGAGGCCCUGUGGGGUAUGUUUGUAGCAGAUGCUUUAGCUAUGCCAGUACACUGGUACUACAAUCCAGCAGACAUCAAGUCUGGCUAUGGAGGAUGGUUGACAGGGUAUAGGGCUCCAGAGAAACAUCAUCCUUCUAGUAUUCUCACCAUCUCUGCCACAGGAGGCAGUGGUCGAUCAGGAUGGGGCCAAAAGAGCAAACCAAUAAUAGGAGAUAUAAUUCUGCAUGAUAAACUUAAAUACUGGACCAGCAAUGACAGAACUGUGCAUUAUCACCAAGGAAUGAAACCAGGGGACAAUACAUUAAAUCUCUCAAUGGCACUUAAAAUGCUACAGACCAUGCAAGCAGUUGAUCCAGAGGCCUCAAUGGAUCCACGAGAGUUACGUGGUAAAGUUUUGGAACAGUAUGUGAAAUUUAUGACUUCACCUGGAUCACAUAAUGACACUUAUGCCGAGUCAUUCCACCGAUCAUUCUUCAAAGACUGGAGUGAGAACAAGACUCGACCAAAAGUUGCUGAAGACAUAUUAAAGUGGGCAGAGGAAAGAAACAUGAAAGCAAGCAAAGGUCCGUCAGAUCACCAGCUGGUCAGUAUUGGCGCUCUUGUACCUGCCAUUCCGUGGAUUGUUCACUAUGCACAUAAAAGCGAAUCAGAAUGUGCCAAAGCAACCAUAGACUUUAUGAAACUCACCCACCCGGAGUCUGGUUUGGUUCCUUUUAUCGAUAUCUACGCCAGACUGCUACAUGCUGUAUUGAACGGACAUCCGCUGAAGCAGGAAGCAAUGAAGACACUUAGUAACGCUGAACUGGGAGGUCAACAAAAACGGGAAUCCGUGCUGAAUCUUCUAGACAAAGCUAACGGAUUUCCGAAAGGGUCUGAAAGCCGAUUACGGAUGUACCAGUCCGCCACCAGUCGUUUGGGAUCCGCCUGUUACAUGGAAGGUGCUUUGUCCAGCCUGCUGUUCCUAGCAUUGGAGUUUGCUGAUGACGUUAACGAAGGGCUCUUGGCAAACGCUAAUUGUGGAGGGGAAAAUUGUCAUCGGGGUGCUGCGCUUGGGGCACUGUUAGGGGCAUCAGCGGCUUACAGGGAAACCGAAGUGUCGAAUGAAUUCAAAGAAAAACUUGGUUCCUCAAAGCCUGGACUUAUAACUCUAAUUGAACAAAUGCAAACGUAAAUUAUAAAGUAGCAUGUUAUUUCUGAUACUGUGAAGUUUAUAUCUAUUUAUUAAUAUUGCUGUUUGAAAGUAUGAACUAAUUGGUUCGAUUUGCAAUGUAUUUUAUGCUUAGUUUUGCACAAAAUACAUGUUAAAUAUUAGAAUUUGAUCAACAAAGAGUGAUGCAUUUGGGUUCAUUGAUUGUCUGUGAAGUCUAUAGAAGUUUUAUCAUCCAAUUAUCUUGGCAUAAUGGAACAAAGUCAUAUUAAAUGUAAACAUACUCUAUUAUGCAAUCAAGAGUGUAAAAACCCAACUACUAAUAAAACCUUUAGAAUUAAAAGGAAUAUUAUACA